AUGGUUAAAUUUGGAGGUCGCGACUUGCCGAGGACGCGGGGUGGGUUUUAUUCACUCCUUUACGAGACCCCCUGCGGGUCUCUGACCACAUUUUUUUUCUCACUUUUCCUCCGCCAGGUGACCUCUAUGAGCUUUCUUCACCGCCAACGCUCGCACCAGACGCAGCAAACCACGGAAAAGGAGGCGAAACGGUCCUCCAAGUUUUUCCCCUCCCCAGCCGCCGUCGAAAAUGUUCCCCAAAAGCGCAAACGCCAACGAACAAGCAGCAGUUCCGCCAGCGGCGCGAGCCGUAUCAUGCGACGCGUCUCGUCCAUGUUCCUCCGUAAGAAGACGCCUUCGGACCUCAAGCAAGUCAAUACGGCGCUGGCGAACAGUCCUCGCCGCCUUUCGCGUUCGUCAUCGAGAGGCUCUUUCGAGUCCGAAGACGAUAUUCGUCGACCAAGCGGGCUGGGAAGAGCAGUUUCUAUCAGCUCCAAUCGCUCUCUUCCUCCAUCUCCCUUCACGCCAUCCUUCUUCCCGCAUGACAGUUUUCCAACCAUUACGGCUGGAGAAUUCCAACGAAUACGAGCAGUCAGCUCGCCCAACCUCCUCCAGUCGACAAGCUUCAAUAUCCGAGGAAUGACACGCCGAGCAUCCGUUGUCCCUAAUCCCCUCGAAGUCUCCUCUCCCAAACGCAAGUUCCACCUCCCAGAAGUUGUAAUCAUCCACAUCCUUUCCCAUCUCCCACCGCAAUCGAUAUCUCGAUGUGCCUCUGCGUCUCGACUGUUCGCGUCUGCUGCCCGCACCUCGCUGUACACGCAUAUUGAUACCGAGGCGUUCUCGCUGUCACAGGUGGAGAGAGUCGUCGUUCUAUUGGCGUCGCGAAGUGAUUUGACAGAUCUCGUCUCCACUUUCGUGUGUUCGCGAUGGCCUGCAUUCUUUCUCUCCGACACACGAUUGCGCGAUGGCCACUCGAUUCAGCAGCAAGACGCGCUGCUCACGGCUACCUUCACCCUCGCCCUGGAGCGGAUGUCCAAUCUCGUCUCGCUGACGCUGCCAGCGUUCGACGCCUCUCUUUUAGCUCAGCACACGGCCUUCGGACUUACUAGACUGACCUUCCUGAAUCCCACCAUGUCAGAAGCAGAGACGACGGCACUUUUCACCUGGCUCGAUGGCCAGACGAAUAUAACUACCCUCUGCUUCCCGAACCUAGAAGACUCUAACCUAAGUUCGCCGUUGACACUUAAGACGAACCUUCCAGAGCAGCAAAGCAGGGCCGGUACAGCGCCAUCAAGUCCGCAUCUAAAACCGUUCCCCACCUUAUCGCCAUACGCUACACCAAUCCCAUCGCCGAGCUCCGCCUACUUUAACGUCCCUCCCUCUCCGCAAACCCCGUCUUCGCCGUUCAAUUCUCCGACUCUCCUGCCCAACCUAGCCGAAUUACAUGCGACACCCUCUCUGCUCAUGCACCUCUUCCCAUCUAUUGACACCAUCCGUCGGCCUUUGAAAGCAGUUUCGCUAAAUAUCACCACAACGCUUUACAGCGGCCUACGACCCGCAGCGCUGAUGUCUUCUCUCCGCGGCAUCAACCGCCUCUCACUGCGGUUUAGCGACAGCGUCGAUCGACGGUCCUUUGAGAAGGUCAUCGGCGCAGCUGGCGCAGCAUUGGGAUGCCCGAGCAAGGAUGCUCUUGACGAUCCUUUCUCUGAACCAAAAGGCCCAUUAGGUGGCCUGCAGGCUCUGGAAAUAUCAUUCCCUGCUCCUGCCACUGCAAAAUCUGGCAGAGACGAAGCCCUCUACAAAAGCUUGCAAGCAUCCUUACCCCGCUACAAGUCACUCUCUUCUUUACGACUCUCUAUCUCUUCUUCCAUUGGUUCGCCCGCUCGACCGCCCUCGUCCAACGAGAAAAUCCUAAUCGAUGCCUGGAUCAAAUUAUGCCCUACCCUAUCUUCCGUCACUCUCUUUUCUAAUUCUCGAUGGCAACCUCCUCCUACUGCUCUCUAA